AUGUCGCGCAAUGACAAAUCAUUUCUAGCGAAGAAAGUCAUCUCCGCCGAUGGCCCCUCACCAAAGGAAGAAGAACACAACGUCCCUCUUGUGGAGUGGUGUGCGGCCGGUAUUGAACCAGAGGAAGAGGCCAACAGACGCCGAUCGGUAUUGGAGCAUAUUAACAAUAUUGUCCGUGCGUGGAUUCGAUCUACAAUGAUCACAGAAUUCCGAAUGCCUGCAGAGGCCGCCGCACAGGUGGAGGGACGUAUUUUUGCAACCGGUUCCUAUCGCUAUAAUGUACAUGCCUCUGGUAGUGAUAUUGAUAUUGUUCUUAUUGCCCCUAAUCGAAUUACACGUGAACACUUUUUUAAUACACUUGCCCCUCGUUUACAACAUGAACCUCGUAUUACAGAACUUCACUGUAUUCAUGAUGCCCGUGUACCACUUAUUGCAAUGGUAGCAGAUGGAAUUGAUAUUGAUUUAUCAUUUGGAUCUAUUCGACAAGAUCGUGUACCAGAGGUUAUUACAGAUGAUCUUUUACAAGGAUUAGAUGAUCAAUCUGUUUUGAGUUGUAAUGCUGUACGUGUGGCUCAUAAUAUUAUGGAUCUCGUUCCCCGUAAGGCAUCUUUUCGACAAGCCUUACGUUUUAUUAAAGCCUGGGGUAAAUCUCGUGGAAUUUACAGUAAUACAUUUGGAUUUCCUAGUGGUAUUGGAUGGGCUAUUCUUGUAGCCUUUGUUUGUCAAUGUCAUCCUAAUCAAAAUGCAGCUGGGAUGGUGGUUCGUUUUUUCCGUAUUUAUCACACCUGGUUUUCUGCAAAUCCACAUGAAAUUGGAAAGGAGAAUCGAGCCAUUUACUUAACAGAAACUAUGCGUGUAAAAACAAACCUUGGAAGAUGUUGGGAUCCACGGGAAUCUAAAUCAGAUGCCAUGGCAUUAUUUCCUGUUCUCACUCCAGCUGUUCCCUACGGGAAUGCCUGUUAUAAUGUUACCUUAACUAAUUUAAGACAAUUAUGUGCAGAAUUUGCCAGAGGACAUGAAAUUUGUAGUGCUAAUAUGGGAAGUUCUGUAGAAGAAACAAAAGCAAAAUUUGGUCCAUAUGGUGUUUGGAGUAAACUUUUAGAACCUGUGAAAUUCUUUGGUGAAUAUAAGUAUUAUCUACAUGUACAGGUAUCUUGUACAGAUGCAGAACGCUAUCAAGGUUAUGUAGAUGCGGUGGAGUCAAAGAUUCGUUUCCUUUGGGCAGGAACAGCGGAAUCACGUGCACAGUCGUUGGAAAAUUGUCGACAUGUACGUUUACAACUUAACCCAAAACGGUAUGAAGCUCCUGAAGAAGUAGAGGCACGAACUCGUAUUUUACAAAAAUCAACUACUCGUGUGGCGCCUAUGAAUAAUAAUAAUAAUAGUAAUAGUAAUAAUAACAGUGGUGUUAGUGGUUCCUAUGAUACAACGAUAUCUCAACGUUUGAGUGGUGGUAGUAAUAGUGGUAGUAAUAAUAAUAAUAAUAAUAAUAUACCAAAGGUAUUUAGUUGUCACUAUUUCAUUGGCAUGUCUGUAGAUCCAAAAGCUCCAUCUGGAAAGAUUGAUCUCGCUCCUAGUAUUCGUGCUUUUCAUAAUAUUGUCCGACAAUUACGACAAUACCAGGAAGGUGUGACCCGAUUACCGGUGAUCACAGUAGAAGAUAUGUCUAAAAUACCCGCCUUUGUAAAAGAAGCCGCAGGAUAUAAAGAUGUAAUCAACUCAACAACAACAACAACAACAACAACAACAGCGGCUGCAGCUGCAGAUCAUACAGAAUCAUCCAGUACAACAUCUUGUGAAGGGAAUACAGAUGCAGGAACGGCGAUUACGGAAACUACUUUGGCAGGAGAGAAACGACCUCGUGAUGUAUCUUCUUUAAAGAAUGAUAAUAAUAAUGAUAAUAAUAAUGAUAAUGAUGAGAAUGGUUCUGUGAGGAAAAUGGCCGCUACGGAAACUGCUUCUGGUCAUGUGAGUAAUGGUGUGCGUACGGAAGUCGUAGGGAAAAAUAGCGGAACGGAGACGGCAGCGAACACAAACGAAGGAGAGGAGGAUCUUGACCUUGAACAGGCAUUGGGUCUUGGAUUUUGA